AUGAUCAGACGUCGUGGAGCGUUUAAAUCCAAUACUGCCAAGGCUUGGUUGCUAGAAAUGCUGGAAAAUCUCCCUCUUGGAAUUACAGUCGACUCAGUUGUCGUGGUUUGUGACAAUGCUCCUUGUCAUAGUAAGUUUGAAGAAUGUGUGAUUGAGCAGCCGGGCUUAACUUUCUGUCGUCUGGAGCAGUAUUCCCCAAUGUUGAAUCCUGUCAACACCGUAUGGAGUAAAAUGGAAGCAGUGGUGAAACAGCGAAUGCGUGUUCCUCAAGUUCACCGUCCAGAAGUGGGUGAGCAACGCCUUCAAUAUGUGGAAGCGUUAACUGAUGAAGCGAUGGAUCAGAUUGAGCUACAGAAUAUCGUUCAUGCCAGCAUUCUCAAG